GAAGUGGCGAUCAGUAGUGUGGGCUCAACGCUAAGUAGUAUUUGGGUGGUGUAUAUCAAAGGGUAAAGCUACUGGCUUUCGUCCCUAAACGUGGAUAUUUUGAAGUGUCAAGAGGGAAUCGUCAUCCAGUUUUUGGGCCGAGCAGUUGAACAGCGGGCAUAUAUUAUUAACGCUGUCUUGCUAACCUUUGUUGCGGCUAUGUAAAACUAGCUUGUUAGGUUUACGUCAUUUCAGCAGGUGCUACUCUGCUAGCUUAGCUUCACAUUGGGAUCUAUUAGCUUGUUAAACAGCUACAGUAGCUAAAAUUAAACAAGCUGGCAUCUAGAGGGAAUACGGCUCAGACUAGUGUGUGACAGGGAGUUUACUUAUGCUACUUCUCGUAGUGUGACCCGAGACUGCGACUGGAUGUUUAGUAAUAGAAAUAGCAAUAGUCACAGCUAGCAGAUUGUUAGCUUGUUAAAUAACAACAAUGGGCUAUAAGAAGUGUUUGAAAACAGCAAGGAGACUUUAUUUUUGGGGUAUUCUCUUCAUAGUGUUCAGCAAAGGAGUAACAGCUGAUGAGGAGCAACACCAGGACGAAGCACCAGAGUUAAAGUCCUACCAUGACCCAGACUCUGAAGAGGAAGAUGUUCGAUUAUCACCAGAAAUUAUGGCAGGUACUUCUAUGACCACUGAUCACUCCCAUCCUGAAGAGGAAACACAGCCCCCUUCGGAGGGUCUAGAAGGAGAGGAGAAGGAGGACCUACCUGACCCGCCUCCUCCCGUUGAGGAAAAACCUAAAGAGGUUCCUGUGGUGAAUGGAGGUACAGCCCAUGGAGAACCCUGCAUAUUCCCCUUCCUCUUCCAGGAGACAGAGUACAUAGAGUGUACCACUGAUGGGCGGGGGGAUGGACGGCUAUGGUGUGCCACGACGUACGACUAUGACCAGGAUAAGAAAUGGGGUUUCUGUGAGACGGAGGAACAGGCACAGCAGAGGCUUCAGGCUGAGGAAGCAGAGAAGCAGUAUCAGACUGUCCUGCGCAUGCUUAACUCCACCACCAGGAAGACUCAGAAAAAAGAAUUAUAUGAAAAGCUGCUAAAAGUGGCAGAAAAAGGCCACCAGAAAGCCACGGAGAAGGUGGCGUAUGCCAUGCUGUUUGGAGAUUACAUGAACCAAAAUAUUACCAAGGCCAGAGAAAUGUUUGAGAAGCUUGCCAUGGAGGGCUCACCUAAAGCUCAGAUGGCUCUUGGAUUUCUGUAUGCAGCAGGGCUCGGAGUUAACUCAAGUCAAGCUAAGGCUUUGGUUUACUACACCUUUGGUGCACUGGGUGGAAACCUGCUCGCUCACAUGAUUCUGGGCUACAGGUACUGGGGAGGGGUGGGUGUUCCCCAAAGCUGUGAGUCAGCACUAACGCAUUAUAGGCUUGUAGCAAAUCAGGUGGCCAGCGAUGUUUCCCUGACAGGAGGCUCAGCGGUGCAGAGGAUCAGACUGCUCGAUGAGGUGGAGAACCCGGGAUCUACCAGCGGGAUGUUGGAGGAAGACCUCAUCCAGUACUACCAGUUUCUAGCGGAGAAAGGGGACGUCCAAGCUCAGGUGGGCCUGGGUCAGCUGCACUUACAUGGAGGACGUGGAGUAGAACAGAAUCACCAGAGGGCGUAUGACUACUUCAACCAGGCAGCCAAUGCAGGCAACACACAUGCUAUGGCUUUUCUUGGAAAGAUGUAUUCAGAAGGCAGUGAGUUUCUCCCUCAGAAUAAUGAGACUGCCUUGCAGUACUUCAAGAAGGCUUCUGACCUGGGUAAUCCGGUGGGACAGAGUGGGUUGGGGAUGGCCUAUCUUUAUGGUAGAGGUGUGCCAGUGAACUACGAGCUGGCCCUCAAAUACUUCCAGAAGGCAGCAGAGCAGGGCUGGGUGGAUGGACAACUCCAGCUGGGCACCAUGUAUUACAAUGGCAUUGGCGUGAAGCGUGACUACAAGCAGGCUCUUAAAUUCUUUAACCUGGCCUCACAGGCUGGGCACAUCCUGGCCUUCUACAACUUGGCCCAGAUGCAUGCUACUGGUACUGGUGUGAUGCGUUCCUGCCACACCGCUGUAGAGCUUUUCAAAAAUGUGUGUGAGCGUGGUCGCUGGUCAGAGCGCCUGAUGACAGCGUACGGUAGCUUUAAGGAGGGUGACAUGGACGCUGCGCUGGUUCAGUAUCUGCUGCUGGCUGAGCAGGGCUACGAGGUGGCUCAGAGCAACGUGGCCUUCAUUCUGGAUCAGAAAGGGGCAAGGAUCUUCAGUGAGAAUGAGACCUACCCUCGUGCAUUGCUCCACUGGACAAGAGCUGCAGCGCAAGGUUACACCGUGGCAAGGAUAAAACUGGGAGACUAUCAUUUCUAUGGCUACGGAACGGACGUGGACUACGAGACGGCUGUCAUUCACUAUAGGUUGGCAUCUGAGCAGCAGCACAGCGCACAGGCCAUGUUUAACUUGGGUUACAUGCAUGAGAAAGGCCUGGGUAUCAAACAGGACAUCCACCUAGCCAAACGGUUUUAUGACAUGGCUGCUGAGGCCAGUCCUGACGCCCAGGUUCCAGUUUUUCUAGCUCUGUGCAAACUGGGCCUGAUUUAUGCUCUCCAGUACCUGCAGGAUCUUAAUUUGAAGGAGUUGAUUUCUCAGGUGGAUCUGGACCAGCUGCUGGGCCCAGAGUGGGAUCUCUACCUCAUGACGGUCAUCGCCCUACUGCUAGGCACAGUCAUCGCCUACCGACAGCGCCAACACCAAAUCAUAGUGCCACCUCGCCCACCUGCCCCAGCGCCUCCUCCCAGGCCGCCUCAGGAACAGCCACAGGCCCAGGCCGAGCCCCAGGCUCAGGAAGAAACACCAGAGCAGGGCCCGGCCCAGGAAGAGGAGGAGCAGCACUGAGAGGGAGAUAGACGGAGUGAGGGUGGUGAAAGAUGGACAAGAGGCUCACUGCAUGGAGCACCAGUAGCUGAAUACCUGCUACUUUGAGCACCUCGCCCACUCUGCCUGUUCCCCGCCAUGUGUGUGUGGGUUGUUUUUUUUUUGUUUUGUUUUUUUUAAAAAGGCUUGAUGAUGGCUGCUGAACUGUUCAGUCUCACCUCUUUCUUCCUUUAAAAUAUGCUGGUCUUCUGCUGAAACCGACACAUCGUGGGUGUUAAUGGACAACACUGCAGUAGAGAGUGUUUGGACUUGGUACUUUUUGACUCAGGAUACUGCCAGACGUUCCCCCCGUGUCCUCAACAUGGAAUUAGUCUUGUGGUUGCCAGAUCAAAAGCAUUACGAACUCAACUGAGAAAAUU